CACCUGAUGGCUGAACUGUCACGUGAUUUGCUGGCAGAACUUUAGUUGGGAUCGAGUUGAGUUGACGUUAGUAGUAGUGCUGCCUGGCUGAGCAAUCAUGGCGUACUGGGGUCUGACUGUGCCUAUCAUCGUCAUGACUGUAUUCUGGGGUUUGAUCGGCGCUGUGGUGCCGUGGUUUAUUCCGAAGGGACCAAACAGAGGGGUCAUCAAUACCAUGUUGGUUACGUGCUCAGUAUGCUGCUAUCUGUUUUGGCUAAUUGCUAUCCUGGCCCAGCUCAAUCCCCUGUUUGGACCGCAGUUGUCUUCUGACACUAUUUACUACCUGAAAAACCACUGGCCUUGACUUAAUACUGCAUUCUUCUGCAUGGAGUCUUCCAGGGGAGUGUUCGAAAGAUUUGUCUUAAAUCUGCUCGCUGAAUACCAGACUUUGCCUUAAUCUUUGUAUAAUGGGAUAAUUCUCCUGGCAUUGUACAUUCCUUCCAUAAAGAUGCAGUAUUGUCCCUCUUUGUACUGAGCUCUGUUAAAUAUCUACAUUUUCUAUGAUGAGGAGGUCACUUUAGGCUUCUGACAGUCACCUCAUUAAAUUAUUUAAGAUUGCAAAAAUGGUUCCCUUAUCUCAUGGUUUAUUUGUGUGAACUUCUAGGUUUUUUUCGUUUUUGUAGAAUAUAUGAGAAUUACAUCAUAUUGUGCUAAAAAUCUACUUUUUCCUUCUCUCCAGCACUGAAAUGGUCUCUGAAAACAGAACAUCCUAUUUAUUUAUCUUGAAUUAUGAUUCUAGUUUUUUUUUUUUUGUUUUUUUUUUUUUUCUUCUUGCACACAAUUGUCUGUUAAGUACAUUCCGUUCUGACUGUUCUUUAUUGCCAUUUCAGUUCUCAGCGUGCCUUUGAUUCCAUGGAUGAAAAUGUUUUGUUCAUAUGAGAAUAAAAGUGAUUCAAUGUUAAA